GAAGGAAGACAGGGCAGAGGGACAAUGGCGUUCCAGGAUUUUGACCAGAUUACGGAACGCAGGCAGAAUUAUCGUAAGCAGAGGAUUAAGAAGAGGAUCAUCAUCGGAUCGGCUGUCACCGUCGUUCUCUUAAUCAUCGCCGCUGUCGUCGGCCUGGUGUUGCACUCCGACAAUAAGGAAGCUUCUUCUUCUUCUUCCUCCAAUCAGAAGGAACACAGCCCUGAAUCCCCCAAUCCUGUCCAGAAGGAGGUCAAGGCUGUCUGUGCCACCACCGAUUUCAAGACCACCUGCGAAGACAAGCUUCUUAAAGCUCUUGGCAAGAACGACUCCCCAACUCUCAAUGACUUCGCCAAAGCAGCUCUCUCUGCACCUUCCGACGAGAUCAAAAAGGCUCUCAAGAAAGCGUCGGCCCUAAAGUACGACGGCGCGCCGUUAAAACAAGCCGCGGUGGAGGAUUGCUUGGAGCUCCUGAACGAUGCCGUUGCCGAGCUCAACAAAUCGAUUGCCGGUGUCCGGGGAAUGGAUUUGUCGAAGCAGUCCGGAAAAUUGGCUGACUUGAAAAAUCAGAUGAGCGCGGCGUUGGCACACCAGGAGACGUGCAUUGAUGGAUUCCCCGACGGAAAGGAAAAGAGUGAGAUGCAGAAGCUCUUGAAGGAUGCUAAGGUGCUUAGCAGAAACGCCCUCGCCAUAGUCUCCGGCGCAGGCUCGACUGUAAAAGGAUCGGGUGCACAGAGACGGCUCUUUAGCCUGGAUGGAAAUGGAAUCGGGAGGUCGAUGAAGGAGGACGACAAGAAUGAGAAGGCUCCGGAUGCGACCGUUGCUAAAGAUGGAAGUGGCAAGUUCGAUACUAUUUCCGCGGCAUUGAAGGCUAUGCCGAAAGUGCGAUCCGGAAGAUACGUGAUAUAUGUCAAAGAAGGUGUGUACGAAGAAAAUAUUGUGAUCGACAAUGAAAUGGUUAAUUUAACGAUCCGCGGCGAUGGAUCGGAGAAGACGAUUGUCUCAGGGAGCAAAAGCUAUGGAGAUGGAGUGACAGUUUAUAGAUCAGCAACAUUUGCUGUCCAGGGCGACGGAUUCUUGGCGAAGUCGAUCGGAUUCAGGAACACGGCGGCGCCGGAGAAGAAACAGGCGGUGGCACUGAGAGUGCAGGCGGAUCGGUCGAUGUUCAUCGAGUGCAAGAUCGAAGGGCACCAGAACGUUCUAUUUACCCAAUCGCACCGCCAGUUCUACAGAAGCUGCGACAUCGCCGGCGCGGCGGACAUCAUCUUCGGCGAUGCGGCGGCGGUUUUCCAGAACUGCGUGAUAAAGGUGAGGAAGCCGCUGGAAAACCAGAGCAGCACGGUGACGGCGCAGGCGAGGGUGGACAGGAGGGAGACCACCGGAAUUGUGAUCCAGAACAGUCACAUCGUGGCGGACGACGACCUGGAGCCGGAGAAGAAGAAGUACAAGAGCUACCUCGGCAGGCCGGAGAAGGAGUUCUCCAGGGCCGUCGUCAUGGAAUCGCAGAUCGGCGACCUGAUCCAGCCGGAGGGGUGGCUGGAGGAGAAAGGGGUUAACAAUUCGGGGGUUUACUUGGCGGAGUUUGAGAAUAAAGGCGCCGGAGCGGAGACUUCCGGCAGGGUGAAGUGGCCGGGGCACAAAGUGAUCGGCAAGGAAGAAGCUGCCAAGUUCACAGUGAGCGCUUUCUUGCAGGGGGAGAGCUGGACCAAGAGUCCCGGAGUUCCUGUCAGGAUGGGCCUGUACAACUGAUUAAUUAAUACUAUGAUUGAAAAUUGGGGGGUUUUGAUCAAGGCAGUUGGGAUAAAUAUAUAUAUUUAUAAUUUUAUGUUUUAGUGAUGUAUGAUCAAAAAAAUAAAUAAAUAAAUAAGAGUAACAAAAGAUCAGAUCUAAAAAGGAGACAUUAAUUUCUACUUAGGGAUGGGAUGUAUAACAUGAUUUGUGUCUUGACAAUUUGUAUAAUCCAUCACAACAUUGCUAUGUAUCUGUAAAUUAAUUGAGACUUUUUGCUAAUCAUAUGUAAUUUUGAUUCUA